AUGGUCGGGGAUCCGGCGGCCGGCGUCGAUUUCGGUGGGUCCCUCAACAACAUCAUUGCGAAAGCAACCUUCAUCUCGAAGACCGGGAAGACUUGGCACGAUGGCUCACCUCUGGACACACGCCAGCGUGCGGAUUCUGCUCCGCCUCCCUUGGUGACGAGCUUCCAGGUGCCAGAAGACAGCGACCG